AUGACGCCCUUUGAGAAGAUCAUCUACCGCUCCAAGCAGCAGCCGCUUGUGCCGCUCGGGUGUUUGGGGACGUGUGUUGCUGUUGCCAUGGCCGCAAAAGGCGUCCGCACAGGCAACGCGCGGAGCGCACAGAAGUGGUUCAGGUGGCGUGUGGGGCUGCAGGGCCUGACGAUUGUGGCGUUGCUCGCAGGCUCGAUCUACUUUGACAAGACGUUCAGGGAGGGCAAGACGGAGCAGGAGCUUGCUAUCGAGAAGGCCCGGAUGAGAGAGAAGCUCUGGAUCGAGGAGCUGGAGCGCCGCGACGAGGAGAUGAAGGAGCGCCAGAGACGCGCAGAGCUGGCCAGGAAGCGCAAGGAGGACGCCGGGGCCUCCAGGAACGACUAG